AUAAAGUAAAAUAAAAGUCAACACUUUUACUUGGUCUUCUUCUUCCUCCUCCUUUCCCUUCCCCUUCCCCUCUCCGGCGACCUCCAUCCGCAGCUCGAGAGGAGAGCUCCAGAAAGGAGAGAUGGCGGCGUCGGCGGUGCUGGCGGUGCUGCUGGCGUCGGCGCUGGCGGGGGCGGCGGCCGGCGGCGACAUCGUCCACCAGGACGACCAGGCGCCCAAGAUCCCCGGCUGCAACAACGACUUCGUCCUCGUCAAAGUGCAAAGCUGGGUGGGCAGCAACGAGGGCGACGAGUUCGUGGGCGUCGGCGCGCGCUUCGGCCCCAAGAUCGUCUCCAAGGAGAAGCAGGCCACCCGGGAGCCGCUCACCCUCGCCGACCCCAUCCACGCCUGCGCGCCUCCCAAAAACAACAAGGUCUCCGGAGGCGUCCUUCUGGUCGAGAGAGGGAAAUGCAAAUUCACCAAGAAGGCCAAGCUCGCCGAGGCCGCCGGCGCCUCCGGGAUACUCAUCAUAAACUCCGGCACCGAGCUGUACAAGAUGGUCUGCGAAAAGAACGAAACGGAGCUCGACAUACACAUACCCGCAGUUCUCUUGCCCAAAGACGCGGGCCAGGCUCUGCGUUCGCUCCUUGCAGCUAAUACAUCAUCAGUUGGUGUGCAGCUAUACUCUCCAGAUCGUCCCGUGGUCGAUACGGCGGAGGUGUUCCUCUGGCUCAUGGCCGUCGGCACCGUCCUCUGUGCGUCCUACUGGUCAGCAUGGAGCGCUAGAGAAGCCGUUACCGAACAGGAAAAGCUCCUGAAGGAUGGACAUGAAGUCUCACUGACUGUUGAGGGUGGAGGUUCUAGUGGCAUCGUGGACAUCAACGUGAUAUCGGCGAUGAUGUUUGUUGUCGUCGCGUCGUGCUUCCUGAUAAUGCUUUACAAGCUCAUGUCCGCCUGGUUUAUCGAUCUGCUGGUUGUCAUCUUCUGCAUCGGCGGUGUAGAGGGCCUGCAAACAUGCUUGGUGGCUAUAUUAUCAAGAUGGUUCACAUCUGCUGCGGGAUCUUUUGUGAAGGUGCCGUUCUUUGGAGCAAUCUCAUACCUUACAAUGGUGGUAUCCCCAUUCUGUGUUGUCUUUGCUGUUCUGUGGGCUAUUUACCGGCAGUUUCCCUACGCUUGGAUCGCCCAAGACAUCCUUGGUAUUGCGCUGAUAGUCACUGUCAUCCAGAUCGUCAGAGUGCCUAACCUCAAGGUCGGUUCAGUCCUCCUGAGCUGUGCGUUCCUGUACGACAUCUUCUGGGUGUUCGUCUCCAAGAGUUUGUUCCACGAGAGCGUGAUGAUUGCGGUUGCGCGUGGUGACAAUACGGACGAAGACGGCGUGCCAAUGCUGCUAAAGAUCCCGCGGAUGUUCGACCCGUGGGGCGGGUACAGCAUCAUUGGGUUUGGCGACAUCCUUCUUCCUGGCCUGGUCGUUGCAUUUGCAUUAAGGUAUGACUGGGCUGCGAAGAAGAAGAGCCUGCGAUCCGGCUACUUCCUGUGGUCAGCGUCGGCCUACGGCACCGGGCUCCUGAUCACGUACGUGGCGCUGAACCUGAUGGACGGGCACGGGCAGCCGGCGCUGCUCUACAUCGUGCCAUUCACCCUGGGGACUCUGAUGUCGCUGGGGUGGAAGCGGGGGGAGCUGCGGAACCUGUGGUUCAAGGGGGAGCCGGAGCGCGUGUGCACCCAUCAGGGUCAGGGCUACGUGCAGAUGGCCAAGCCUCCUGCUGCUGGUGAUGAUGAAGAUGAUGAUGAGGAUGAGGAUGAUGAGGAGGGCAAGCCAUCUUCCUCUUAGAGAGAGAGACAGACGGACGGACGCCUUCUCCGGCAUGUGGCUUGGCUGCUCUCUGUAGGAAGGAAGGAAGGAAGGAAGGAAGGAGAUAGUAGUAGCAUCUGAUCUUGACUGUCGUAAUUAUCAUCGGUAACUUGCAUGUAUGUAUGUAUGUAUGUAUUGCCUUGCCGGCCGGUAAAUAAUGAAGAGAACGGACGCGCCUCACAUGAGGAAGGUGUUUUGUUUUGUGUACUGAUUGAAAGUAAAGUAAUGUAAUGUUUCAAAUGGUUUAGAACA